AUGAUCAAAACAACUAAAGGAUCUUCUGGUGCGAUUAGAGUUGCACAAAAAACUAUUUCUGCUGCUCUCAAUGUUUUAGAAGACUGUAGUCAAGAAGCUUCCGCUUUAGGAGAUAUUGAUGUAAUGACAGUUGCAGAUGAAAUUGGACAACUACAUGAAAUCAUCAUCACCGAAGCUGCAAUGUUUGAGACACAAAAAGCUGAAAUUAACAUGCUUCUUGAAGAAUAUCAUAAAGAACGUCAAGAACUCUACGUCAGACAUCAGUAUCAACAAGGUAAAGCUACUCAAAUUCGUUUUUAG